AUGCUUUGGUGUUUGGAGCAUAGUCCACGGCGGGCUUUGAAGCUUUUAUCUGCCUCUUUGAGAGGAACUCAGCACCAACCUCCGCGUCAUAUUAUAGCGGAUUGCUUACAGCAACUCUCUGUGCAGUACCUUCGUGGGGUGCUGAACCCUGAUCCUGAGGUGCUCAACGACAUCCUUGUUCUCACUUUCAAGCACGUUAGACGUACUUGUAUCUCGGGACGAGGUCAAUAUAUCCCUGAUCAGCUCGUGUAUCUACUCCUAAAGAAUUGCACUAAUGGACAAUUCAUAUUCUUGCUCAAAGUACUCACCAAAGAACAUGUUCAUUUACAUGCAAAUACAUUGCUACAUGCGCUUACAAGAUGCCUAGAUAUGGGCAAUAUCACUCUCUCGCUGAAGAUUCUCGAAGCUGUAUCCGAAUCAGGCAUGGGCAUGUACAGAGAUCAAGUGAUGAGUGCAUGUGUCAGACUGGUUCGGGCCCAGUUCAACGUCGACAACCAAUUUUCUAUUCAAACCAGAAUCCUAACAAAGAUACUUAAAAUGGGGGUCCGUCCGAAUAUCAUUCUUUACAAUGCGAUCCUACUAAAUACGACCGAGGCUGGACAUAUCGACUUGGCAUGGAGAAUGUUGGAUCUCGCAAAGGCAAAUUGCCUUGUCCCAGACAAAAUUACAUAUCAAAUUCUCUUACAAGGAGCCUUAGCUGCAACUAAUCAUGACAUGUGCCGAGCUCUCAUCUACGAGAUGAGGGAAAAUGUCAACCUCAUGUGGGAAGGCCGCUUAAAGGCCGAUGUUCUUGCCUCGAUUUCUAGAUGCACAAAAGCGGAUUACCCUUCGAUGCUAGUCUUUUAUAAAGAUCAUUGGGACAUCCGACCUCUCAUAGAGCUAGGCAUGUGUGAUGCCGUUGGGGAGAGCGGAGUUCAGCUUCCUGUAGAAGCCAAUGGAGAGCCACCUCCCAAGGACGUGCUUGGAAAAAUGAUCUGUGCGUAUGCUAGAACGCAAAGGGACUCAAAAGCCCUUCUGAAUGUUUACAAUCGUUUCUACAAGCUAGCAUGCCAACAACACCCGCUGCUGGUACAGGUAGCGCAGAGUGAUCACGUGUUUAACGCGUUCAUGAUGUCGUUUAGCCAGUCCUACAACACUCUUCCGCGAUGCACACACAUAGUGAAGAAUAUGCUUGACAAGUCGGAUCUGCACCGAGGCAACUUCAAUGAUCAUAAAGCCAGCUUUCAGCUAGCAGCACCUACUGUGCGUACCUGGUCAAUUUUGGUCGACGCAUUCUUGCGACAUCGUCAGAAUAAAGCGGCAGAGAAGGUGCUCGGUCUCAUGCAGGAACGAGGGAUGAAGCCUGACCAAGUCACUUGGAAUAUAAUCAUCAGUGGCAACUCAACAAUGCAGAAUGUACAGGAAGCUGUCGAUACGCUGCAAAGAAUGCAAGCCGCUGGGUUCGAACCUAAUGCUGGGACUUUCAAGGGCUUGAGCUACAUUGAUGAUCACCAACUACUGCUCAGAAGUUUGCGCGACACUUUUCGCGAGACGAACAACGUUGAUUCUGAGUCGAAUGCAGCAAGCGAAGCAAUGUUACAAGACGUCAUAGCUACGAGUGCGGAAGCUUCACGAGUGAGAAAGGCGCCAAAUAGCGAAACAAUCUGGAAAGACUUGCAAGAACGCUGGAAUAAAAUAGAAUUAGAACAGCAACCUUUGGGAAGUUGA